GCUUAGGCGGUAGAGGGCCCAAAAUAUAGCAGAGAAGGAAGUUUCUUCCCCCUUUCCUACGCUCUCAGGACGGGCCAUCAGAUUCACAUCGGGGCCUCUUUGGAAUUAAAUUCACCUUUUCCACUUAAUCUCUAUUAACCCAAGCGCCAGCCCAAUGCUGGUCGCUCGAAUCUGUAGGCUCUGGGAGAAAUGCCGGCUUUGGCCUAUGUGUCUCUGUCUGUGUUGUGGCCUCUGACCGAACGGGAGGCGGCAUCAUUCCUAUCCUGAUUCCUUUCUCUUUCGCUGUCUCUUUCUCUGCAACAAGUAACCGGAUAUCCUUCUCCAUCUUGUCAUUUUUUCUCGAACACCCAUCUCCGAUUCUACUAUUUUCCCUUCGAAGUUCUGUUUGAGGAUUCGAUCGUUGGUGGUGUCCCUUUUCUGUCUACAAGGGACAAGAAGUUAACGUAAUCUCGCCGCUUGUUGCUUAUUUUAUGGAGGAAGAAUUCGAUCCCCGCAGCCACAAGGACGACGAAGCAGCGGAGUCGCUGGAAUUGGUGCUCUUUCAUGUAAAUGAGUGCUAUGUAUAUCUGAUACCUCCAAGAAAAAGUGCUGCCUCUUGCAGGGCUGAUGAGUGGAAUGUAAACAAAUGGGCAUGGGAGGGGAUAUUGAAAGUUGUCAGCAAAGGAGAAGAAUGCAUAAUAAGACUUGAAGACAAAUCCACAGGAGAGCUUUAUGCGCAAGCUUUCUUAAGAAACGGGGAGCCACAUCCAGUGGAGCCUGUAAUAGACAGCAGCAGAUACUUUGUUUUACGGGUCGAAGAGGAAUUUGAUGGCCGCAUAAGACAUGCAUUCAUUGGAAUUGGUUUCCGAGAAAGACCUCAAGCUUAUGACUUUCAAGCUGCGCUUCAUGACCACAUGAAAUAUUUGAACAAAAAGCAAGCUGCUGAGGAGAUGGAACAGAAUUAUUCUUCAAAGCCAUCCACCGAUUACAGUCUGAAAGAAGGCGAGAAGAUUGUUCUCCACAUAAAGAAUGUUGUCUUGCAGCAGACAGGAUCUUCUGGUGCCAAACCUAUCGAUCAAAACCACAAUCGCCCUUCAUCGGAUGACAAGCCAACGGUUAGUCUUAAGCCACCUCCACCUCCACCACCGGCGGUGAAGAGUCUACCCUCCAGUCCUUUUCAGAAAUCACCACCCUAUCGGUGUGGUUUGAGGACCCAGGGGAGCCUUGAUGAUUCGUUCCCACAUUUUACAGAAGAACUAGAGAUUAAUGAAGCCUCUAAUUCUGCAAAGGAGUCUGCCACACAAAAUGUGGAGGAUGAUUUUGGUGACUUUCAGGCUGCACAAUGAUCCCAACGCUUGCAUAAGUUCUACAGUUGAGAAUCAUUUCUCAGGCCCGUUCUUUCCUUCUGAGUCACUGCAAUCUGGUGAUGAGCGACAAGAGUGUUAAGCAUUGGGGCUAACCUUUGGAGAUGAGCCUCUGGUUUGGUCUUGCGCUGCCAUUUCUCUAUGGCACAUCGGACUCUGAACUCGCAGUGUAUGAAAUUUGUUUGGUGUCUUGAGAUAAUAGCUCUGUAUUAUUCUUUAAACCGAGUGUUCUGGGUUUAGUCUGUCAUCAAUUUAACCACAUUUUGAAUGUUCUUUUUACAUGCAUAAAGGACCUUCUUCUUGAA